CAUAAUCGCGGUGGUCCUUCCCACCUUGCGAUUCCGCCACCAACACUCUCGCUCCUCUCCUACAACUUCCUUUUAACGAGAAUUGUAUUGAUCGAACUUGAGCGUUUUGUGCAAGACAAUUGCUUCACUCCUUUUCCGCAUGUUGCUGUCUUUGCUGUAAAGCUCUUCUAGCUAGUACACGACACUCUUUGUUCUUUCUUCACGCUCCUUUCAAUGCCUCCCAGGAAAUCUAAAGCCUCCGGCGCGGGCAAGUCGCGACCGAGUGACGUUCAAGCUGGCGAUCCUGUUCCCGUUCGCGCAAAGCGUCGAUACCGUCCUGGCACAGUCGCUCUUCGCGAAAUUCGACAUUACCAAAGCGGCACGAAACUGCUCCUCCGAAAGCUCCCAUUUGCGCGCCUUGUUCGAGAAAUCGCUUUGACGAUGCGCCCACGAGACGAAGGCUUGCGCUGGCAAAGCCAAGCCAUCAUGGCACUGCAAGAAGCUGCUGAAGCCUACAUGGUGCAUCUGUUCGAAGACACCAACCUAUGCGCAAUCCACGCCAAGCGUGUCACAAUCAUGCAGAAGGAUAUUCAACUAGCAAGGAGGAUACGCGGUAUCUGGGGUGGACUGGGUUAGAGAACGGAUUUACGGAAACAACAUGUGAAAAAUAAAUGAAAAAAGAGUCAAGGAUCGGGAUGGUUACUCACGAGACUUUGGUUUUGGGAUUAUGGAUGGCGUUGGGGCGCUUCGAGAUAUACCUGCUGGCCUUUUGUGUUGGCUGAUUUACUUUGCUUUCUUCCUUCCUACUACUUGGAGGGUUUCAUUGGCUUCGAUACCCGAAGCUGGCAGAAAGUGCCCUUUCCUGUAAAUGUAAUAUUUGCGGUCAAUCAAUUGUCAUCUUAAA